AUGUGCAAAUGUGAAUUAUUCAUCACCAAGGUGUUUUCCAUUGACUGUCUUCCAUCGCCUGCAGACAUUUUAGGUGAUGCAUUUGAUUCUCCUACAUCAGCUCCACGAAUACCAUCACCUCCAAUAAGUCCAGUGACAACUAGCUUUCAAAGAUAUCAUUACGAUCCUAGGCCAUCUGAAUUCAUAGAGAGGGCCAACACACAAGGAAUAAGUGAACAGUUGCUGGCACUUAGUAAGCUUGAAUUCAGGAAAUUCUUUUUGAUCCUAAACUACAUUGGGAGGAGGAAGUUGGAGGAUGUUAUUAUGCUCCAUGAUGUUGGUGACAUUUUGCAUCUGAUAUAUCAACCUAAGUCUCAUUUUGAGUCAUAUAUUUGGAAUAAAUAUGGUCAUCUUUGUGAACAUAAUAAACGAGUGCAGUAUCUUGAUUGGGAUUCAGGAAAGACUCAUCUCUACCAUUGCCAUGUUCAUUCGGAUGGAAGCUACACUUUUAAGGGUCCGUACCUGAAAGCAGAAAGAACCCAUCUGCAACAGUCAUUAGGAGAUGAGAAUGUAUUGAUUGUCAAGUUUGAGGAAAACGCCCCAGGGUCUCCAGAAGAGAUUGUUCAGAAUGGAAUUCUUGUUGGUUUGAGGCGCUAUCGCUUCUUUGGUAAUUACCUUUUCUAUAUGCCAACAAAGUAUUUCAAAUACCUUGUUCAUUUAGAUCAAGCUGGUACACCCUCCAUGCGAAGAGUAAAAACAUCUACAGCAGCUUUGUUUUUAAUAUAUGCAGCAUGGAAAACUUUUGUUUUGUAA